AGAUUGAGGCUAAAGAGGCUUGUGACUGGCUCAGGGCAGCAGGGUUUCCUCAGUACGCUCAGCUGUACGAAGAUUCCCAGUUUCCAAUCGAUAUUUCCUCGGUGAAAAGGGACCAUGACUUCUUGGACCGGGACCUGGUGGAGCCUCUGUGUAGACGUCUAAAUACUCUGAACAAGUGUGCCUCCAUGAAACUGGAUGUCAGCCACCCCAAGAAGAAAAGUGAAGAUUCUGACGAAGAUGACCAACUGGCUAUCAGUAAAAGGUGGACGUUCGAGUGGAGCAGUCGCCGCUGGUCUCGACUCCAAGACUUCCUGUUGGAUGGGCCGGAUGAGAGCAGCCCGCUGGGUCGGGGGGAGGGUCUCCGCAGCACGGUGAGCAGCGAGAGCGUGCUGACGGACCUGAGCGAGCAGGAGAUCGCAGAGGUCUCCUCGCUGCACAGCGAGGACUCCGCCUCCGCGCUGCCGGACUCCAUAUCCAUGGCCUCCCUCUCCGCGUCCUACCAGGGGCCGAGGGACCUCCCUCACUACAACUCCCUGCCCAUCAAGAGCAGCCGCCACGGCCAAGGGGGGCGGAGCAAAGCCAAAGAGUUUUUGCGUCGAAUGGAAUUAAUGCGCACUUGGGGGCCGUCGACGAGACGGAAAAGCUCCAGUCGCAGGCCGCCGCUGGUUAUCAGCGGACCGGUGCUACAAGGGGAGGAGCCUCAGGCUCUCCAGAUGCUUCAGUGUACUCCUAUCGACCAACUGGAAGACGGGCCAGUAGACACCUCCCAACCGGAGGUUGCAUCCUCCGUGUCUCCUAGCAACGACUGUAAAUACCAGACCACACCAAUAGAGAUCCCCAGCAAUGAGUCUGUGGUGCGCAGGGCGGCGGGGCCGGCAUGUACAAGACCCCGCACGGCCAGCAAGAGGAGCAGCAUGUACCUGGAGGAUAUGGAGUUACCGUCCCAGGGUAAAAGGACUGAGGGGCAGAGCCAGUUUGGCAGAAGCCAGUUCCACUCAUAUGAAAACCUACUUAUCCACAUCCCUAAAGACCAUAAGCCUGGAACUUUUCCCAAAGCAUUGUCAAUAGAAAGCCUGGCACCUGACAGGAACAACGGCCGGGAGUCACGGCCCAAAACCCCGUCCCCUGAGAACGGCCUGGGUCAGUCCUGGUGCGGUAAACCUUUAUCCAAGACCCCCUGUCCCGGGGCCCCGCGGGGCAGCAGGGUGAGCGUCUACGACAACGUCCCGGGCUCCCACCUGUACGCCAGCACCGGGGACCUGCUGGACCUGGAGAAAGAGGACAACCUGUUCCCCCACCUGGACGACAUCAUCCAGCACGUGAGCGGCCUGCAGCAGAUCGUGGACCACUGGAGCCGCAGCGUGCUGCCCGAGGGGGCCGGGGAGGGGGAGGAGGACGGGGAGGACCAGGGGGACGGCGAGGGCAGGACCACCCCCAGCGAAGGGGACAGGGAUGGGGUCUCCCUCAACGACACGGAUUCCACGGGGACCAGCCGAGAGAGGCGGGACUCUGGAGUUGGAGCCUCCCUCACAAGACCACGGCUACGGUGGCCCAGUUUCAGAACCUCUCAUCAUCUCAACCAGCCAGCUUCUUCACUGCAGAUCAGCAGCCAAUCAGCAGGCCAGCUCAGCCUGCUACAGAAGUUUUCUCUGCUCCGUCUCACCGCCAUCAUGGAGAAGUACUCGAUGUCUAAUAAACACGGCUGGACAUGGUCUGUGCCGAAGUUUAUGAAGCGCAUGAAGGUGCCAGACUACAAGGAGAAGAGUGUAUUCGGUGUUCCCCUCAUCAUCCAUGUCCAGCGGUGUGGGUUUCCACUCCCUCUGUGUUUACAACAGGCCUUCGUCCACCUCCGAACACACUGCCUGGACCAGGUGGGAUUGUUCCGUAAAUCUGGAGUGAAGUCGAGGAUCCAGGCUCUGAGACAGCAGUGUGAGCUGUCCCCGGACUGCGUGAGCUACGAGGACCAAUCAGCUUACGACGUGGCCGACAUGGUCAAGCAGUUUUUCCGGGACUUGCCUGAGCCCCUGCUGACCAGCAAGCUGGGGGAAACCUUCCUGCACAUAUACAUGUAUGUUCCAAAGGAGCAGAGGCUGCAGGCCGUCAGGGCGGCCGUUUUACUGAUGCCAGAUGAAAACAGGGAAGUCCUCCAGAUGCUGCUGUACUUCCUGCGUGAUGUCACUUCCUUGGUGGAGGAGAACCAGAUGACGCCGAUGAACCUGGCUGUUUGUCUGGGACCGUCGCUCUUCCACCUCAGCAUACUGAAGAACGAGACGCUGUCACCGAGGUCCAUCCAGAGGAAGUACACGACGGGUCGUCCCGAUCAGAAGGACCUGAGUGACAACCUGGCUGCCACGCAGGGACUCGCACACAUGAUCACAGAGUGCCAGCGUCUCUUUCAGAUCCCAGAGGAAAUGGUGACCCAGUCUCGAAACUCGUACAUGGAGGCCGAGCUGCUGGUGCCCCCGCUGGACGAGCUCUGCAAGGCCCACGAGGAGGAGGUGGACGAGGAGGUGGAGGACGAGGACGAGGAAGGAUCGUAUCACGCACACCUAGAGAGGCUGGUCCAGAACCUGCUGAAGGAGGUUAAAGAAAAGAGCAAAGGCUGGGUGUCCCGCUCAUUCUCUGACCACACCGAGCUGGCUUUCAAAAAGGUGGGAGAUGGGAACCCGCUGAGGCGGUGGCGAGUGUGUCUGGAGGUGCCGGCCACGCCCAGCGAGGUGCUGACGCGGCUGCUGAGGGAGCGUCCGCUCUGGCAGGCCGACCUGCAGCAGGAGAAGGUCCUGGAGACGCUGGACAAGCAGACGGACGUGUAUCAUUACUGCUGCUACAACAUGGCACCUCACCCCAGCUGUGACUACGUGGUACUCAGAUCGUGGCGGGCCGACCUGAUUAAAGGCUCGUGCGCGCUGGUGUGUGUGUCUGUGGAGCACGAGGACAGCCCCCGCAUGGCGGCGGUGAGGGGGGUGGUGCUGGAGUCCCAGUACCUGCUGGAGCCCAGCGGGACGGGGGGGAGGACCCGGCUCACCCACAUCUCCAGAGUAGACCUCAGGGGGAGAUCUCCAGAAUGGUACAACAAGACAUUCGGUCACCUGUGUGUUAACGAAGCCCAAAGGAUCCGCUCCUCUUUCCUUCCUGCAGACCAGAUGAGCCCUGAGCCAAAGAUCUGAGCCCCAGACAUCAAGACUGGUCUCAGGCCUCAGGACACGUGACCCAGAAGGUUUAAUCAUCGAGGCAGAGACUUCAGAGUCGUUACGUGGUGCUGGGGGAUUUUGUACCGAGCUGCCACUACACACAAACAGUAUUUAUUAUCGUUUUGUCAGGUUUCUUUCAUCAGCACGUUUAUCCAGAUCUCAUGACAGAACACAUAAUAGCUACACUGGUCCACAGUGCAAAUGUAGUUUGAAAAACAUGAAAUAUUACACAAUAACUGCCUUCACCUGUCUCAUUCUCCUCAGUGAACACUGAGACAGCGCCUACCUGUUCCAAGGAAGAUUAUCAGCAUCACACGUCCACAUCUCAUCAGGUGCAUGACAAGUUUGACACUGCUGAUUUAGUCAGGGAGGUUCUGGGAUCGGAUCGGCAGAGCACUGAGAAGACAAUCAAACUUGACCAUCUGUAAGAGUAAUAGCUGUUGUCGUAUGCAGAGGUGGGUAGAGGAGCCAAACAUUGUACUCAAGUAAAAGUACUGUUACUUCAGAAUAAUAUGACUCAAGUAGAAGUAAAAAGUAGUCAUCCAAAUAAUUACUUGAGUAAAAGUAAAAAAGUACUUGGUGAAAAAACUACUCAAGUACUGAGUAACUGUUGAGUAACGUCUGAUUUAUUUUUUUAACACAACCAUUCAAACAGACAAAAGUACAAAAUAAUCAUCUU